GUGUGGUGUUUGUAAUAUACGCCGUCUUUUACAUAAUAUAUUUGGGUUUUCAAAAAACAAACUAAUAAUCAAAAUCAAAGCCAAAACCAUAGCGUAGGAGAGAUAGAGAGAGACUAUGUAUGAGUCGUUUUUUGAUAGGAAUAGGCGUUUAAAAUAAAUGUUCAAAAAAUAUUUUGUCCGAAAAGUGUGUACUUUUUGCAUUGCAAUUCAAUUUUUAUGAUUGCAUUGUAUAUAUGAAAACUUGACAAUCAAUUAGUUUUUUAAUCUCAUCUCUUCUACUACUCUAUAGUGUAGUGCGAAAAGUGUAGUGUUUUUUGUUAGUUAACAAAAUAAAACAAAAAUCCUUUAUUUAGGAGAUAAAUCUGUUUGAAUUUUCGCUUAAUUGUGCCAACAAUUAACCGAUUAAAUGGAUGAUCAAAGUGUUAAAAGCAAUGGAUCCAAAAAAAGAGUGGUCACCACUAAAAGUACUUCCGUUAUUCCCGUGAAUAGCAAUGCAUUAACAGCUGCCAAACAAGAGGAGUGGACUACAUCUCGAAAGGUUGUCAACCAUAAGACACGACAGGUUGAGACCAGAGUCCAGAGACAGAUCAUUAUGGAAGACGGAAAAGUUAUUGCAGACAGCGGUCCACAAGUGACCACAAAGACUAAAGAGGAUCAGAAACAGGAAGAGUCAGAGCAUUCAAAUCAUAAGAAUACUGGCGAUACAGACACACCACCGGCACCGGGCUAUAAAGCAGUGCCCGGCGGUAAUCAAGUGGUCAGCGAAAAGACUGAAACACAUAAUUCGAGUCGAGAGGCAAAAGAAGAAAACAUUCAAUACCACGACGAAAGCUAUAAAGAGCUGUCCGGCUAUGAUAUUCAUCGGAAGGCAUUGCAGGCGCCAAACGAGUUGAUCCAAUUGGACUCAGACGACUCACCUAACCGAUCAAAAGGCAAACUCGUUCACUAUUCGAGUAAAUCAAAUAAAAUUAACGAUUGCGAAGAAGUAAAGGAAACAUCACGCGUUGGAAGAGAUGGUAAUGUUGUCACUGAAACCACUCGUACUCAUCAUCACGAAGAGUUCAACGACGACGAAGUUCCCGAAGAAGGUCAGGAACAGCUCAAAGCGUUGCCGGCGGCGACAACUGAGACGACCAGAAAUAUUGAACAUUUGAAAGACUAUGAACACGGUUUUGAUAACUUCUCGAGAGCUAUGAAUCAGCAAAAUAUUAGAUCAAUUGAAAACAAAAAGACUGAUCGAUGGUUGGACGACCACUUUGGCAGCAGUGAUGAGAGCGAUAUUGUCGAGACAUCCAACACAAGAACCGGAAAGAAUGUCAUUAAUGUUAGCCGAACCGGUCGGACAUCGACACCGCUGUCGACCUACUCUAGAGAUUAUCCAUCCAUCGAUAGAACAAGAAGUCGGACACAACAUCAGCGGACAUCAAAAAUGGACCAAAAGUACAGUACAAGUGCUAACUAUUAUGCGAAGGAUUUGCGAUCAAGAACUCCGUCGCCGACUCACGACUACUAUAGACCACAAUCUCAGAUGAAAGGCGACGCCUCAGUUCAGGCAUCACUUUCUGAUGAUGAGGACAGGGCUAAUGAUUUUAGGACAACCAUCGAGAAGAGAGAUCUGAGUAGCAGUCGUCGAGUCGACUCAAGAUCUGAAACGCCGAACCGUCCGCCGGAAAAGACUUUCUAUUUCGGUGACGAUAAUCAUCAGCGAAGAGAGAUGCGAAGUGAUAGACAGGUUAUUGAAGAGUAUAUUAGAAAAAAGAAGAGUCAACCGAUGAAUACGUCUUCGGAUAGCGAAUCCAAACGAAAGAGUGAUUACAAUAAUAAUGAGUGGAAUAGAGAUACUACGGGUUAUGUGUCGGCAAAUGUCGAGUCCAAUGUUAAAUCCACUGUCAAUAACAAAGUGGUCACCGAUUCGUCAACAAAGGAAAACUUUGAAAAAAGUUUCAAAGAUUGGGAUGAAGUCGAAACAAAUCUCAAUAGAUUCAUGGAUUGGGAUAAACAUUAUAAAAGUGUAAAAUCAAGUGAAGAGAAACCCUAUUGGAGUUCAGAACCGAAAUCAAGCGGCGAAUACAUUCAUCCGGUGAUCCAACGCGAACCCGACGACUACUACUCAUCCAUAAGAAAGGAUCCGAUGUCCAGACAGCGAAACUUUGACUCUUAUGUGUCGCCGCCGCCGCUCUAUUCAAAUAACACUACAUCGGAUUACAAAUACAAGUCAUACAGUCCUCCGUCAUCGCCGAUCGGCGGCGUUAGCGGCGGUACGUGGACUAAGUCCAAGGCGCGGACACAUUCGCCGUUGUACAGGUCGUCCUCACCGACCGGCGAUAGCUUUCCUAGAUUUAGUCCGCUCUCAACAAAUGCGCUACAAAUAAAAAAUUUUACCGAAGCCUAUAGUAAUGGUCGAAAACAUUCAUAAAUAAUAAUAAUAAUUAAUUAAUUAAUUACUAAUUAUAUCAUCAAAUGGUUUAGAAUUGUUGAAAUUG